AGUUGAACGUACUGCUUUUCGUACACACAUACUCCGACUGUGUUAGAUGAGAUUAGCAUGUUAAAACCUUUAACAUAACUAGUCGUGACUGUAGUUAACUUCCUAAUCAUAUGAUAAGUCAUGUAUGAGUGCGGUACAACAAGAUGACCAUAUCUAUAUCAGAUGUACCUAUCUCUACCUGAAUCCAGGCCAAGGACACACACAUCCUACAGGCCAUUCAUUUGCAACCGUACGUGGCCGACGUAAUGGAUAAAGCAUGCGAAUUCCAACUGGGUGACGACGGUUCCUUUGAAGUGACAGAUGACGUCCUGCAAACGUUCUGGGACAAAGGUUACAUACUUAUCAGGGGGUUACUGGACAAAGAGGAGCUGACUAAGGUCAAAGAGGUCAUUGAAAGUCCUGAAGUACUUAAGUUCCAGUACGGAAGACCCGACAAAAGCGGCAAGGAACCAAAGCUCAUACUGUGGCAACAUCCAGGUGAAGACGUCACAGGAAUGGUGGCUCGCUGCCAUAAGGUGGCAGGUACAUGUGAUAAGCUUCUUGGAGGUGAGGUUUACCAUUACCAUACCAAACUUGUAACCAAGGAACCCUACAUUGGAGGCACAUUUGAAUGGCACCAGGAUUAUGGAUACUGGUACAAGUAUGGCUGUGUGUUCCCGGACAUGUUUGUGAGUGUGGCAGUCGAUCAGUGUAAGAAAGCCAAUGGAUGUCUUCAGUUACUGAGCGGAUCUCACAAAUGUGGCCGGAUUGACCAUACAAUCGUGGCUCACCAGACUGGGGCUGACGUGGAUAGGGUCAAGGAGUUACAAGGAAGACUUCCGCGCGUGCAUGCCGAACUCGACGCAGGUGAUGCACUAUUCUUCCACUGUAACGUUCUCCAUACGAGUAGUGACAACACUAGUGCCGAUAUCAGACGGGCGCUCAUUCUAGCCUACAACCGGAAGUCAAACAACCCAGGACCGCACCAAAAACACCCAGGUUAUCGUCCAAUCAAACAGGUUUCUGACGACGCUGUAAGAAGAUGUACAAACAUGACCGACUUCGAGGGAAAAGAUUUCUGGAUAGUAGAGCCACAAAUUUAACAAGGUGGCUGACUGAACAAAUCAGUGAAGGAGCACCUGUUCACGCACAACACUGACAUAUGGAUUAUUCCAAGUAGCAUACUAAUCGGACAAAUGUUAUGUGAAGAAUAAAGGGAUUGGUAAACUGUUAUUGUUGCUAACCUCUAACAUGAUGUUAUCAGACAGCACUAUUUUGUAACGUGCCAGAAACAUUUAUAUACCUAACACUAUAACAUUAACGUCAUGAAUAACUAUAAUUAGUAAAAAAAAACACCACAAGAUAGGUCAGUGUUUUCUGUAUAGAUAUAAUAAAUAUCUUGGAAUAUGACAAAAUAUGCUACGUAUUUUAACAUAUUUCUUUAUAUACACGAGGGUACAUUUGCAUUUAUUAAUCUGUAGCAAAGUAAUGUUGCUGUUUCUUGUGACAGGGAAAUAACUAUGCUACUAUAUACAUGUACAUCAAUACUGAUUUGCGAUAUGUUCUUACGUGACAAAUGAUAUUAUUAAUUCUCUUGGAGGAAGUAAGAGACGGUGCUUUACUUCAUGCCUUGAGGAUCAACACUGAACUCUGCGAUGAAUCGAACGUAUCGGAAUGACCCAAUUGUCAAGAGAAAGUUAUGUUGUGAAAUCGUAUGCGCUACAUUUAAACGUCUUUGAGAUUAUCUCAUACAUAGAACAUGUGUAUGUAUUUGUUUGCAGUAUCAAAUGUUGCGUUGUUUAAUAUAAUAUAAGUGUCCUUGUGUAAUGUAAAAUAGUGAUGAUAAUUUUUCGGUCAUGCUCGCGCUGGCUAAUUGGUUAAGGCGUCUGACCGUCUACGAUUAACUCCCUCCAUCACUGGGUCAACGAUUCGAGGCCUACGUGGUACAGUCGCCUGGUACUGGCCGCAGUUCGGUGGUUUAUCCCCGGGUACUCCGGUUUUCCUCCAGCACCAAAACACCAUGACACGCCUAAAAUAGUAAUAACUGUAAAUCGGACAUACAACAGUAACACACAAUAAUAACUAAUAACUUAUCAAGCGCUCUAUUCUGCUGAAGCUAACUGCUCUAAAGCGCUUGACAAAUUAAUAUAAAAGACAUACGCAAGUAAAAUUAAACAUAAACGUAUCGAAUUAAUAUAAAUAUAAACAGAUAAGAUACUAAGCCCGAUUUUUGAGUUUCUCCAGUGUAUCAUCUUUGGAGGUGUUGUAUCCAAACCAAACUGAAAGAAAAGCGAAUCGACCUUGUUAUCUGUACCCAUUCAAAAGGACAGCUCAUGGGAAAAUACAAUACAAUAGAAAGUAAACGGAGAUAUAGAAAAAUCUGCCAUGUCAUUUUAUUAACAUUUUUGUUUCGUAUAUCAGAUAACAGGAAAAGGUAGAUAAUCUUUUCAUGGUUUUCUUUGAGUACGCUGGAAAACUGUGGCAGGAAUCGAUACAAUGUUUUUUUUAUACAUAGCUCAGCUCAAGUCUUAUUUCUUUUGUUUGAUGAAAAAUAUAAUACUCUGUAUUCUAGAAGGUUUUCAAUUCACAUUCGGUAACACAAAUCGUCACAAUCUGAGGAACACGCGCGAAACAGGUAAGAUAAAUAACCGAGAAAUAGGUAUAUACGGAUAUUGUCAGAUAAGACUGUAACGAUAAUAAGCGAUGAUUAUCCAGAGAAAUCUAACACAAGUAAACGUAGAACAGAAACGUGUAAUACUAACAAACGAAGAAUAGAAACCGAUCUAUAAAGGUAAAGGUGAUAAACAGGAAACACUAAUUAGCAAAGGAGAGGUAGAGAAACCGGGAACAUUAACAACCGAGAAAUAGGUAUAUAUAAGGCGUAAUGUUGGUGCAUUUGUCUCAUGAGAUGAACUGGUACAUAAACCGAUAACAAAGAAAACUGAAGAAUAAAUAGAGAAAAAAAACCAGUUGUCAUUUAUAUGUGGGAAAACAGGUAGUUAAUCAUCCACAAUGAUAAUCAAGGAAUAUAUUGCAAAACUAAUUAUAAUCGAAGGACGAAUUGAGGAAUUGGUAACGUUAUCAAGCGAUGAAGAUUUCCAACAAUAAGCGAUGUACAACUUACGUAUUACAUGCACGUUUUUACUUUAAAAAAAAACAUGAUGAGAAGUUAGGACACGCGUAAAAGAAGGACAUAUUGCUCUUGAUAUUGUUAUUUAUUUGUGACAAAACUUCCAUACAGUGCAUUUUCAGCUCCGUCUUUAAGAUUGGCGCAGUUCUGGUCCAAGAGCAUUUAUUUCUCGUGGAAUAUUCCUGCAGAACCUAAACUUUGAUAUGUGAAAGCAACAUUGUGCGAAACCUUAGAAUCAAAAAGUCACAGAGGAGACGUUCGACGUUCAGACAAGUUUGUCUGCAGAAAGAAUGAUGUUUACAAACAGAGACUGUUGUUGCAUUAAGGAAUGCACAUCUGUCUAAGGUAGGAAAACUAGAAAUGAUGGACACUUCCAUUUGAUGUAAGCAAUGAUAAGGAGGAAAGCUCGGUGUGCCGUUUUUAAGCUAUCUGCACCAAUUUACAUAGGAUUGGAACAUAGUGAUUCAAAAUAACAUAUUGAUGUCACCGGGUUAAAUCCCUGGAAGCUAUAAUGCAAUAAUUCCGUACGCAUGCAAGAAUCGUCCUUUAAGAUAAGAUAGAAAAUAUAUAGUGUAUUACAUAGAAUGUAUCUAAUACAUACACAAUACCUCCACUGUUAGAAACUUCAUGUAAUAUAUAUGAUAUAUUAUAUAUUACAAAACGUGUUUGUUAAUCUUUAACAAUAUUAUGAAAUAAAUGAU